UCUAGGGUUUGAGACACACACUCAGACACACUCAGCCUCUCACUCACACGGCGCUCUGCUCCGCUCGCUCCUCUCUCUCUCUCGCUCGCCACCACUGGUUUGGUCUCCCCCUCUCUCUUUCUCUCACCGCCGCGCCUCUCUCCUCACCGGCGAUCCUCUGUCGCCACCGAUCCUCCCUUACCGUCUCACCUCUGCCAUUCCUCCGUCGGUCCCUCACCGCUGCUGCUUUCUCUCCCUCACCGCCGCUCCUCCGUCACCGCCGACCUCCCUCACCGUCGCUGCUCUCUCUGUUUAGAGAGAGAGAGAGAGAGAGAGAGAGAGAGAGAGAGAGGGAGGAGGAGAUGGCUUCGAUGUGCAGAUCAGCAGUAAUGGCAGGUGCGAGGUCCCUAACAGCUCGCUCAUCCAAAACCCUACUUCCCAAAUCCCUAUUUUCCCCAAAAUCCACAAUCCCAUCUCCAUUCUCUUCUUCCUCAAGACCCAUCCCCUUCUCUGCUUCAAGGGUUGUUUCAAUGCUGGCAAGUGUGGAGUCAAUGAUGCCACUUCACAGUGCCAUUGCUUCUGCUCGUCUUAGGUCCAACAUUGCCGUCGAUUCCUCCUGUUGGAGCUUGCUUUCUGAAGGAUUUGCAAUACCGUUGUGACAAGGUUUGCCGGAUUUAUACAAGGCAAUAAGUGCAUAGGAUUUGUUUCCAUAUCUUUUUGAGAAGGAAAAAGUCCUUAAAGUUUAGAAAUUGUUGACAUUAAGUUUUGCAGCUUGUGUAAACUUUUUGUUCAAGUUGAGUGAUGCCCUUUACUUGAAUUGUUAGUUGAUAUCCCAAUGUAAGUUCCUUUGGUGGUUUUAUGAUUCUGCCAUUGUGAAAUUGCUUUUGUAGGCGAAUUGCAUGAUGUGUAAUUGCUAUGAGCAACAUCUAUUAGGUCUUUAUCCCUUUCAGGUUUCCUUGGAUUAUAAAAAAUUAUGUAUCACAACAUCAGUUUGUGCA